ACAAUGGUGAGCACCCAGGGCCUGGGAAUGGGGGCAGGUCGUGGGUGAGGUUGGGUCUAAACGUGUGUGUGUUUGCUCAGGGAGGGCCUGGUCCUUAAAAACCCAGGGCAGGUGAGUGUCCAGGCCAGGCUCUGUCCAGGCUGAGGGCAGGGAGUGGAAUGGGCUGGAAGCCUUUUGACCCAGAACCCUUCCCUCCAAGCUGGAAAGCACCCUGGUCUCCGUACUAUCCGCUGCUUCCCUUCUGGGGGUGCUGUGGCAAUGCAGACACUGGGGAGGGGCUUGACCCAAGCUGAACCCACAACUGCCCAGCUAUAAGACUAAUAUUGGUACCCCUACCCCCUUUGGGGGACUUGUGGGCCAGUGUUUUACACUCCUCCCAUGCCAGCCAGUCCAUGCCUUGUCCCAAAGUUGGUGGUCUGGGUCUGAGCAGAUCUUUGGGGAGGGUGCUGCUGGUAGCUCAGCCUUGUCUGAAGCCCCUCCCUCCCUGAUCAAGCAGCUGCAGAGCCUCAGAAGGCAGUUAUGGGAUGGAGACCCCUUCCCUGGGGUCGAGGGCCCUCCGAGCUCUGUGGCGCCGCACAGAGAACACCUACCAUUUGUUUUGUAAUACGCAAGGCCUCCGGCCAAGUGUCAUUGGAAAAGAUGAAUGAGGUUGGCGUGCCAAACUAUGAGAUGCUGAGAUUGGAAGAGGGAAUAAGUGCAGGCUGAGGGUGCUCCAGGUCAGGGAGGGGACUGGAGCCUGGCCCUCCGCCACUGUGGACCUCACGGAGGAGUCGUGUUCCUCAACUCCAUUUGUAGGACUGAGUUGCAAGGCAUUCCCCCCCCCCCCCAACUCCAGCGGCCAGUGGCCAGAAGCUCUGUGCACCCAACUCCUUUGAAAUGGAUGACAGGUUAGGGGACUCCUCCCUUUACACACAAGAUGCCCGCCUCCUCUGUACCGCCUCUUCAUGGCUGACUUGAGCUUUUGUGGUCACUUCUAAACCAUGCAGACUGCGGACCUGAGUGACAUGUCCCCACCAGGCGCCCCAUGGCAACAGGCAGUUAGCGUGGGCUGAGCGGCUGGACUUGCGCGGAGGACCAGAGAAAUGGGCUCCUGGCCGAGUCCUAGGCAGCCGAUGGCAGCGAGGAGGAGAGGCCCUGGCAUCUGGAGCAGGGCUGGGAGGAAGCAGUUCUGGAGAUAGUGACGGGUCGGAGUCGUGCCCGCCUGGCCCGCCAUGGUCCUGAGGCUGUGGGUGAGCCGCCUUCUGCGGCAUCAGAAGGCCCAGCUCCUGCUGGUCAACUUGCUGACCUUCGGCCUGGAGGUGUGUCUAGCUGCGGGCAUCACCUACGCGCCGCCCCUGCUGCUGGAAGUGGGGGUCGAAGAGAAGUUCAUGACCAUGGUGCUGGGCAUUGGUCCAGUGCUGGGCCUGGUCUCGGUGCCGCUCCUAGGCUCGGCCAGUGACCACUGGCGUGGGCGUUACGGUCGCCGGAGGCCCUUCAUCUGGGCGCUGUCGCUGGGCGUCCUGCUGAGCCUCUUCCUCAUCCCGAGGGCCGGCCGCCUGGCGGGGCUGCUGGGCCCGGACACCAGGCCCCUGGAGUUGGCCCUGCUGAUCCUGGGCGUGGGGCUGCUGGACUUCUGCGGCCAGGUGUGCUUCACCCCCCUGGAGGCCCUGCUCUCGGACCUCUUCCGGGACCCGGACCACUGUCGCCAGGCCUUCUCCGUGUACGCCUUCAUGAUCAGCCUCGGGGGCUGCCUGGGCUACCUCCUGCCUGCCAUUGACUGGGAUGCCAGCGCCCUGGCCCCCUACCUGGGCACCCAGGAAGAGUGCCUCUUUGGCCUGCUCACCCUCAUCUUCCUCACUUGCAUGGCGGCCACGCUGUUCGUGGCCGAGGAGGCAGCCCCGGGCCCCGCCGAGCCAGAGGAAGGGCUGGCGGGCCCCUCCAGGCCGCCCCACUGCUGCCCGUGCCGCGCCCGCCUGGCUUUCCAGAACCUGGCCACGCUGUUUCCCCGGCUGCACCAGCUUUGCUGCCGCGUGCCGCACGCCCUGCGCCGCCUCUUUGUGGCUGAGCUGUGCAGCUGGAUGGCAUUCAUGACCUUCACACUGUUUUACACGGACUUCGUGGGCGAGGGCCUGUACCGGGGCGUGCCCAGGGCUGAGGCAGGCACCGAGGCCCGGAGGCACUACGAUGAAGGAGUCAGGAUGGGCAGCCUGGGGCUGUUCCUGCAGUGCGCCAUCUCCCUGCUCUUCUCCCUGGUCAUGGACCGGCUGGUGCAGCGAUUCGGCACUCGGGCAGUCUAUCUGGCCAGCGUGGUGGCUUUCCCUGUGGCUGCUGGCGCCACAUGCCUGUCCCGCAGCGUGGCUGUUGUGACCGUCUCCGCCGCCCUCACCGGGUUCACCUUCUCCACCCUGCAGAUCCUGCCCUACACGCUAGCCUCCCUCUACCACCGGGAGAAGCAGGUGUUCCUGCCCAAGUACCGAGGAGAUGCUGGAGGUGCUGCCAGUGAAGACAGCUUGAUGACCAGCUUCCCUCCGGGCCCUAAGGCCGGGUCCCCCUUCCCCAAUGGACACGUGGGUGCUGGGGGCAGCGGCCUGCUCCCGUCUGCACCUGCCCUCUGUGGGGCCUCUGCCUGCGAUGUCUCCAUGCGUGUGGUGGUGGGCGAGCCACCUGAGGUCAGGGUUGUUCCAGGCAGGGGCAUCUGCCUGGACCUUGCCAUCCUGGAUAGUGCCUUCCUGCUGUCCCAGGUGGCCCCAUCCCUGUUCAUGGGCUCCAUUGUCCAACUUAGCCAGUCUGUCACUGCCUAUAUGGUGUCAGCUGCUGGCCUGGGGCUGGUUGCCAUUUAUUUUGCUACACGGGUAGUAUUUGACAAGAGUGACUUGACCAGAUACUCAGUGUAGAGCACUUCCUACCCUCUGGUGGGGUCGGGGGUGGGGGGGGCUGCCUCAUUGGGUCCCAGCUCCCUGUAUUCCAGGCUCCAUCUGGCUACUGGGCUGGCCUCCCAGAUUUUAUUGCUGCCUAAGUGGUGUGGCUCUCUGCUGCCACCCCGUGGUGAUAAGGUGCAUAGCUGCACAGUUAGAGUGGGGAGGGGGGAUUCCCUCCCACAGUCUUUAGUGCUGUGGUUGACUCCAAACGGGCUUGAGUCUGGACUAAAUACAGGGAGAGAAGGGCAGGGCAUUUGAUUAGCACCAUGCACUGGAACUCAGGACUCUGGCAGAGUUACCCAGGCUCAAGGUUAACAGCUAGUGUCUCGAUCAACGCAUACCAAGGGAGGAAGGUAUUUAGAGAGCUGAGUAACUCAGCCACCAAUUCUCCCUCCUCUGAGCCCCCCAUCCUGUAGGUUCCUCUAAUGUUGCUCUAGUGUGAAACUCUCCACAGGAUUUAAAAGUAAGAAAGUUACUUUGUUGGGGGUGGGGGGUAGGUUCCUUAGGGGAGAGGGAAGGGACACUUCCUGGCCCUGUGGCACUGCCGUCCCACUGAGCCCCUCAGCCCCUGUUUUGUCAGGACAUGGCUUGUUGGCCCCUGUGUCUCCAUCAUAGGGACACAGGCCUUUAAAUAUUUAAUUUAUUUAUUUAACUCAAUAAGGGGCGUCAGUUCCCAGCUCUGCCAUGUCUGGCCUAGGAGGUGACAUCUCCAGUGACUGGGUCCUGUGACAUGGCUGGUUAUUGGCCUAAGCGUUGUCAGAAUCUCCUUUCCUAGGGGUGAUCUGUCUGGCCUCAAAACUGCCUAACCCAGGAGCUUAGAAGCUCUCUUCACCCCAGCUGAUACACCAGCUGAUACACCGACUCCUCUCCCCCAAGGCUGGGUAAAGAUGGAGAGUUGGCCUGCAGGUCUCAGCCGCCUCGAGCCUCGUCUCCUCUCUGGGCCCAGCCUGCCCUCGCCCCCUCCCCUCUGCUCCCUCUAGGACUGGGCUGAUGAGGGAGCCACCCACUCCCACCUUUCUCUGGCUUCACAGCCUCUGUUUGGGGCUGUUCCAGGACCAGAAGCAGCCAGGGCGGCUCCCCAAACCUUCGUCCGUCUCACGCCCAGGGCAUAUCUGUGCUUGGGGACUCGCACAGAAACUCAGGAGCACCCCCUGCCUAAGCUAAGGAGGUCAUAUCUCUGGGGGGUUUUAAGUGCCGUUUGCAAUAAUGUCAUGUUUUAUUUAUUUAGCUGAGUAAAUAUUUUAUACUGUAUGUGAGCAAUCAGAGUAUAAUGUUUAUGGUGAUGAAAUUAAAGGCUUCUUAUAUGUUUAA